AUGAAAUUCAUUCUAUUGACAAUUUCAAAAAACUGUUCAUACUAUGAGUAUAAUAUGCUGACGAUCGGGCAAAUGUGCCCCCAUCGUCUAGUGGUUCAGGACAUCUCUCUUUCAAGGAGGCAGCGGGGAUUCGACUUCCCCUGGGGGUAGGGUAUUACGAAAGGAAGUUGAUGGGGGAUUCUUAAGAAGUCUGGAAUUUUUUCUUCCUGGGUCGAUGCCCGAGCGGUUAAUGGGGACGGACUGUAAAUUCGUUGGCAAUAUGCCUACGCUGGUUCAAAUCCAGCUCGGCCCAAUAAUUCACUGAUCCACCAUGAAAUGAUAUAACCCCUUUGUUCUUUCGAAAUGUCUGAUAAAAAAAAAAAGAAGUAAAAAUUUCUGCUCUACUUGUUAUUUAUUUGAUUUGCUUUCUUUUUUUACCACAAAUUAUGAUCUUUCUGACGAUCUAGAUUCAUAUCAGGAUUUGUAAGUAGAAAGUCUAAGAAAAAAAAGUAAUAGAAAGAAAAAAGAGUCUUUUUUUUUUUCAUUGAAAGGUUGAUUAUCAAUUGAUUUUGAGAUUUUUAUUUGAAAUAACGAAAAGAUAACUAAUAAUUUGUGCCAGUAUCACUAAAAUAUAUAUGCGCAAAAUAUAUAUGCGCGUGGAUAUCAAUAUUACCUACCACUCGCACUCUGUUACAACGAGGCGAUUCCAAUUUAAAAUCUAAACAGAAAGUGUUUGAAUGAAAUCAGAAGAAUAUGUAUGCUGUAUUUCGUUUCCCUGGGAUUGUAGUUCAAUUGGUCAGAGCACCGCCCUGUCAAGGCGGAAGCUGCGGGUUCGAGCCCCGUCAGUCCCGACAAAUCCAAUAAACAAUAAUCCAAUAAAAAAAAAUACAUCAAUUCAUCUCUUCAUUUUCUGUAAAAGGGGUACAAAUAGCAGAAUUUCGUUCCCAAAGGGGAUCCUUAUUAUUAUUUUAUAUUAUUUAUAGAUUUUUUAUUUAUUUUCUUUAUUUUCGUUUUUCAUCAAAGCAAAUACAAAUAUGGUCAUUUUCAUUUCUUCAACUAGUAUCGAUGGAGAUGGAUAAAGACACAUGUGGAUUAGUACAAUUAUUGGUAGCGUCAUAUUCAGGAUUCUAAGAGAGACCUCACUGAAUUUGGCCUUUUCGAUUCCUCCCGAUCCGUAUAAUGAAAUCGAAUCGAGUACCCUAUCUUUCCCGGUAGCACAUACACAAAUAGAAUUCUUAUUUGUACGAUACAAAAUGACUUUAAUUUCUUUGAUAAAAUCCUUUUAAUCGGAAAAGUCUCUUCUUUUUUCGCUCCGAUUUUGUGUAACCUCAAUUAUUUGAAACAAUCUAUCUCAUUCAAAUUGUACACUGAAGUUUUGAUAUAUUAUAUGGCUCCCAUUCCUAAUUCAAUCAAGUAAAGAGUAUAUUAAUAAAAUAAAAAUCAAAUAAGGACUCUGCCUCUCUUAGAGAGAGAGGGAAUGGAUAAUCUUUUUAAGGGUUUAUGCCGAAGAAAAAACAAACUCUAAAAAAAAAAGUGAAUUUGGUAGAAUAUUCGAUUUUUUUUAUACUGUACUAGGACUUAUCUUUAUCACACUUUUUUUUUUGUUUUCCAAUCCAAUAAGAUUAGAUCAUUCAAAAAAGGAGUUUAGAACAUAACUCCCCCUUUCCCAUUUCGCUUCUAUUGUUUGUUUGGGUUUGUUUUUGUUUUGUUUGUAACUUAUGUAAGUUUAAAGACGAUUAGAUGAUACUUAGUCAGAUGAUUGUACAAGGAAGGAGAUAGUUUUAUAGAAAAGAAAGAAUGGAAAAGAAUGAUAAAUAAAGUAACAAAGUAAGGAAAUUUUCGAUUGGAUCAGGAAUCCAUUUUUGGAUUUGGUAUGAAUAAAUGAUCUUUCUAUGUUAUACUAUUCAAUUCUCGACGAUAAAUCGAUUUGAGAGUUCAGAUAUUGUUAUUCAUGAUAUUGAUCUGAUUCGAUAUCAUCGAGAUGGAAUUCAUCCCAUUGAAUUUAGAGGCGAAAGAUUUCUCAUCUCUUAUGGGAUUAAAUCCCGAAUUAUUGUGAAGUAAAGAAAAACGAAACGAUGAGAUUAUGGAAGUAAAUAUUCUCGCAUUUAUUGCUACUGCACUGUUCAUUCUAGUUCCUACUGCUUUUUUACUUAUAAUAUAUGUAAAAACUGUUAGUCAAAGUGAUUAAUUUGAAUGAAACUUGACUUCUUAGUUCUUAUCAAUAUCAAGAAUUAACGAAAUAAAAUGAAAAGAAUUCCAAUUUUGCGUUUUAGCUGAAAUGAGCGAACUAGAAUCAGCAGGAUUCUAUGAGAUCCGAUAGUAUGGUAGAAAGUAAUAUAUUUACUACCAUACUAUCUAUUUUUGUUAUUCUAGUAUAUAAAGUUGUACUGUAGAAAGAUCUGGGCUUAAUAUGGAUCAAUCUAGAAUGUCAUCUUCAUAUUCAUAUAUAGAUAGAUAUAUAGACAAUAGAUAUUAAUUAUCUAUAUGGAAUGUACAUAAGGUUCAAAUUUGAUUUCUUUUCUUCAUAUGUUUGAUUUGUGUUGGUUCCAAUUAAUCUGGAAUAGUUGAAAGGCGCCUCUUACUCUUAUGAUUCCAAUUCUUGGAUUUCUGAUUAUUUUCAAUAUGAAUCCCAGAAUCCAUUGAAAUAAUCAAAUCAAUGAAAAGAAAAAAAAAGAAUAGUUGGGGUAUGUAUUAAUAAAAAUAAAAGAAAAUCAAGAAAUCUUUUUUUAGCAUUCCAAAGAAGUAAUUAAUUGAACACAUCCAAGGAAAGGAGUUUUAUAAAAACUUUUUCAGAUUUCGACGAAAAGAAAAGGAUUAGUAAACCCCGCCGAUUUUAAAUCUUUGAAUCAUAAUAUGAAAUGAGUCAAGUCAAUAAAGUAUAGCAUAAAUCGAAUUUAUAAAACGAAAAUAAUAAAAAAAAAUACUAAACUAAGUACUAAGUACGCAAUAUGUGACUUCUCCAAGAAAAUAUCUUAGUAUGCGGAGUAUCCCGUUAGAGAAUCACUAUGUCUAUUUUAUUUCCCGUAGAAAAUCACUUAAUUUAAUAACUUUUAAAUAACUAAAAAAAGAA